AUGCUAGGGAACGGGCGCGCGACAACGAGGCAGAGGCAAGGCAAGCCUAGGGCGGCUGCUGUCGGCUGCCCGUGUCACUGUGCCUCUCGGCGCCCGCAAUCAAGACACUGCGUCGCCUCUGCAGGCCCUGCACACCCACCCCGGCAUGCGAAUCAUGGCAUGCCAUUGCGUCGAGGCCGGCCGGCCAUGCACGCCUCCGAUCCACGCCAGCCUACGACUUGGCUGAGCGCGGAGGCCCAUCCGGCAAACCGAGCCAAGCCAAGGCCUCUCUGCCACCUGCCCGCCUGUCCACACGGCUCCAGUCGCCCUCGCCCUCGUAUUGCCUGCCAUGGUGGCAGUCGCAGUCGCAGUCGCAGACACUCUCCACGCCUGCCCAUGCCAUGCCAUCAUAAGCCUCGCCUGUCCCGUCCUGUGCCGCCAGCGUCCCUCCUGCACGCUUCCCGUCCUAUGCCUGCUUGUCGGCCUGAUAAACUUUGCAUCGCGACCCUCUGGUUUCAAUGUGUCUUGCGCCCUCAAUCCCAUUCGUAA